AUGCCUAAACCUGGAAAUAAAAAGGAUGUAGAGCGAUUACUAGGACUAAUUACUUACGUGGGUGCUUUUAUACCAAAUUUAUCUGAUAAGACAUUGUUGUUGAGAGAGUUGUUAAAAAAAGAAACGGAAUGGUACUGGGAUGAACGACAUGACGAGUGUUUAAAAGUUAUAAAACAGUGUUUAUCAAAACCACCAGUGCUAAGAUAUUACGACUUAGACCUCCCUAUUACUAUCUCAGUAGAUGCGAGCAAAAGCGGCUUAGGUGCCUGUCUAAUGCAAAAAGGAAUGCCAGUCUGUUAUGCGUCUAAGUCAUUGUCAAAAGCAGAACAGCGAUAUGCUCAGAUAGAGAAGGAGUUAUACGCUUGCGUUUUUGCUUGUGAGAGGUUUCAUGCGUACAUUUACGGAAGAACAGAUGUCGUGAUCGAAACUGAUCACAAGCCACUCGUUAGCAUUAUAAAGAAACCAAUAGUGGACUCACCAUCGCGCCUACAACGGAUGUUAUUGAAAUUACAACGCUAUACAUUCAAAUUAGUUUACAAAGCCGGUAAACAUCUAUUUAUUGCAGACGCGUUGUCACGGGCAUACGAGCCCGAGCCGGCGUUGAGCGCGCAGGUUUCCAGCGCUGACUAUACACAGCACGAUGAAGUUUGCGCGAUCACAAGAGAUAUGGCACUGAGCGCAGCGACCGAUGUUACGGACUUGCAGUUUAUUAAGUUGCAAAAGAGUUCAGAAAAUGAUGAUGAACUCGCGUUGUUGAGGAAAUACAUAAGAGAAGGGUGGCCUACAAACAAACAUGACGUCAUAGAUUUUUUUCAAAAGGAAUAA